AUGACCUCGUCCUACUCGAUCCCAGCUCCUCCGCUCCAACAUAUCCACGAUCCUCAUCACUCGCAUUGCCACUCCCACACACACUCAAAUGGCAGCGCAAACUCCAUUCCGACGCUCCACCCGCACGGCUCGAUAUCGUCCUACCUCACGCCUGACGCCCAAAUAAUACCCAAUGGCCGCGCCGGUCGGGUCAAUUCCUUGGACCGCGAAGGGGACGAUGGUGGAGGCGGGCACCUGGGGCGCACGAGUUCCGGUUUCCAGUCCAUUGCUAAUGGGCACGCUACCAGGGAGCGAAUGGCGCCGCCAGCACCUAUAAACAUCGCGGCGUCGUGGAAGGAGGAAGGCGGUGGUGGGAAGAUUCUGAUGACGCCGGCAACCAACUCGACGCCCAUCAAUCUCAAUGUGUCCUUCAUGGUUGUCCAGGCCUUUUAUGGCUUUGCGACCGACUCUCUAGGCCUUCUCAGCGACACAGUACACAUGUUUUUCGACUGCGUUGCUUUACUUGUUGGUCUGGUUGCAGCCGUUGCGAGCAAAUGGCCGAGAAGCCAGCGGUUCCCCUAUGGCCUUGGGAAGAUGGAGACCUUGAGCGGUUUUGCUAAUGGAGUCCUCCUGAUUCUGCUCAGUGUCGAAAUCACCUUCGAAGCCGUUGAGAGGAUAUGGGACGGCUCUAAACCUACACGCCUCGGCGAGUUACUAGUAGUGAGUAUCCUCGGUCUGCUCGUGAACCUCGUCGGAAUUACCGCCUUUGGCCACCACCAUCAUGGCCACGAUCAUGGACACAGUCACGGCCAUAGCCAUUCCGAUGGCUGCUCCCACUCCCACUCCCACUCGCACGACCACCACGGCCACUCCCACGAUAACGAAAAUAUGCACGGCAUCUACCUCCACGUCCUCGCCGACACCCUCGGUAGCGCCUCCGUCAUCGUCUCCACCCUUCUCACCCACUUCACCAACUGGGGCGGCUGGGACCCCACCGCCUCCGUCUUCAUCUCCGUACUCAUCUUCCUAUCGGCCCGACCCCUCGUCAUCUCCUCGGCCAAGAGGUUGUUGCUGAGCGUACCGGAUGACGUCGAGUAUAACUUGCGGAACAUCCUGGCGGGCAUCAGUCAGCAGAGGGGGGUCGCGGGAUGCGCCGUGCCGAAAUUCUGGCUCGACGAUCGCGAUAGCGCCGGCGAUGAGAAGACCGAGAAGGCUGAAGGGAGCGUCGGUGGGAGGAAGUUGUUGGGAAUCGUGCACGUCGUGGCAGGGAAGGGGUCGUCGCUGGAUGAUGUGAGAGAUAGGGUGAGGGAGUUUUUGCUUAGGAAUGGUAUGGAUCUCGUGGUGCAGGUGGAGAGGGAGGGGGAUGCUACUUGUUGGUGCGGGUUUGGGAGGACGGGUGGGCCUCCGAAGAUUAAUGGGCCGAAAAGUCAUUGA